AUGACAUUGUCAACAGCCAUGUCCUUCCGACCGCCGACCUUGCGAUCGACCAAGACUGAUCUCUAUCCGAUCAAAGACCAGACCACGGAGCACACCGACCAGGCAUCAAGCAUAUAUCGAUUCCCCUCGACAGCGUCAUCAUCAGCAUCCUCCGGAUACUCGCACGCAUCUAGCGGCAACACGUCCAUCUCGAGCGGCCACGGUUCGCAUUCACACAAGCGUGGAAGAAGCGAUGUUCUUGCGCGAGCGAGGACAUUCGAGGUUGGAGAGAUGAGCGCCAUGUUGGACGAAAAGAAACAAGAGCCCCAAAAAUUGUACAGCUCCGCAAGACAGUCAUUACGACCUUUACCACAGGCUCCCGCAGCCUUGCCGAAAGCGUCCGCUGUGCCACCAUCGACACCCCCUCGAAAGCAGACUGUGCGACACGACCGCGGGAAGACAAUUGACAUGGGCAAGCUGUCGCUCUACGAUGAACCGUCUUCCCCAGGAUCCGCCGAACGACCCCGUAUGAUGCGGCCUAAUUCCAUGCUCAUGUCGCGAUCAGACACUAUCAAGGGCGCAGCGCCUAGCCCGGGCCACCAUCACUCACACAGCGCAACCCAGUUUGGUCGGCCAGAGCUCGCACAACUCAGCCGGUCCACCACUGGACAGCUGCGGACGUUGUCCCAACUCGCAGAGUCUGACACGGCGGAUGGAUUCAACAUUUCCAGCUCGACACAGCAAGUCGUUGGCCUCAACGGGAGGCGGCGCUUGCAGCGCACAGACAAAUCGAGUGGCACUCGGGGCACCAAAUCGAGUGGCUAUGGCUUCGAGGGCCGCAACUGGAUGGAUAAGCAACGUCAGUUCCUCCAGGCCUACGAGUAUCUCUGCCACAUCGGAGAGGCCAAGGAGUGGAUUGAGGAUGUCAUCGGAAAGUCGAUCCCUCCCAUUGUGGAGCUGGAGGAAGCUCUACGUGACGGCGUCACCCUUGCCGAGGUGAUCGAAGCCCUCAACCCUGACAGGCGGUUUAAAAUUUUCCACCACCCUCGACUACAAUAUCGACACUCGGACAAUAUCGCCAUCUUCUUCAGGUACUUGGACGAGGUCGAAUUGCCGGAUCUCUUUCGCUUCGAGUUGAUUGACCUUUACGAGAAGAAGAACAUUCCAAAAGUCAUAUACUGCAUUCAUGCCCUGAGCUGGCUCUUGUUCAGGCUCAAUAUCGUUGAUUUUCGCAUCGGUAAUCUAGUCGGCCAGCUAAAUUUCGAACACCAUGAACUCGAGGAGAUGCAGAAGGGCCUGGAUAAGCUUGGGGUCAACAUGCCUGCCUUUGGGAACAUGGGCGCCGACUUUGGCGUACCAGAGCCGGAGCCGGAGCCGGAACCCGAACCCGAGGAGACAGAGGAAGAGAGGAUCGACAGGGAGCUCGCCGAACAUGAAGACGCUAUUGUCGAUUUUCAAGCCCAAAUCCGCGGGGCAAUGGAGCGAUUGAAGCUGGGCGAAACUAUGCAACAACUCUGGGAUCAAGAAGAGGCUUUGAUCGACCUCCAGGCCCGUAUUCGAGGUGACUUCACACGGCAAGUCAUGGGAUAUAGGCUUGAGAUGCGACGAUUUGCGACGAAGCUGCAGAGUGCUGCCCGUGGCUAUCUCGCACGGAGUCGACUCGAGCAGAGCGAGCAAUUUUGUGCAGCCAUGGAGCCCCAGAUCCUGGAGCUCCAGAACAUCAUCAGGGCCAGCAAGGUACGACGUCAUGUGCAGGACUUGAAGUCUUCAUUGGAAGCAUGCAAAGGACCUACAAGGGAGAUACAGGCGAUCUCCAGAGGUUUCUUGCUCCGAAAAACGCAAAACGCCCAGCAGCGCGCGACGAAAAAGACAUCUGGAGAUGUGCAGAAGCUACAGGCUGCUGUGCGUGGUAUGCUGGUCAGGGACCGAGUCGAGAAGGAGCUGUGGUCACUGGACCAACAGACAACCUCGAUCAUCGCUCUGCAAGCAGCAGCGAGGGCUAAUCGGACGCGGCAACAUAUCGACGAGCAAAAACAACAGCUUGAAGCAGCCGCUCCACAAUUCAUAGCCCUGCAGGGGCUCGUUCGAGGACGAGCAGCACGUGCCAAGAUCCAAGAUCUAAGAUCGGAGUUACAGCAACACUUGACAGACAUUGGGCGACUCCAGGCAACGAUACGAGCAGCAGCAGUGCGCAGAGACAUUGCCGUGCAGGAUGCGGCCUUGCGUCAGGAAGAGAAGGCCAUCGAGGCACUGCAAGCCUCCAUCAGGGGCAUGCUGGAGAGGCAAAGGAUAGCCGACGACAACGCUCAGCUAGAACUUGCGACAGAAGAAAUCACGACACUGCAAGGGCACAUGCGAGGAAGCCUGUAUCGGGACCAGCAUGCUUCCUUGAUGGAGGAACUUCACUCUCAUGAUGAAGGAUUUGCCCUGUUCCAGGCGAUGCUCCGUGGUAUAAUGGAACGCGGCAGAGUCGGAGACUUGCUGGCAGAAUUGGAAGAGGAGGAGAUGUCAAUCAUUGCACUGCAGUCGGCUAUCAAGGGGUCCCUCGUUCGGCGCCAGUUUGAGGAGAAGAAGCGGUACUUCAACGAGAACAUGCAAAAGGUCAUCAAGAUCCAGAGCUUUGUGCGUGCCAAGGUUCAAGGCGAGGCGUAUAAGAGUCUUACUACUGGCAAGAACCCGCCCGUCAACGCCGUCAAGAACUUUGUUCACUUGCUCAAUGACAGCGACUUUGACUUCAACGAGGAGGUUGAGUUUGAACGCAUGCGCAAGACUGUUGUGCAACAAGUGCGCCAGAACGAGAUGCUCGAGCAGUAUAUUGACCAGCUUGAUAUCAAGAUCGCACUGCUCGUAAAGAACAAGAUCACCCUGGACGAGGUUGUCAAGCAUCAGCAUAACUAUGGCGGCCAUUCGAUGGGUCUGCUCGCCAACUCUUCCAUGACAUCGGGCAACCAAUUCGACCUCAAGGCUCUCAACAAGAGUUCGAGAAAAAAGCUUGAGUCGUACCAGCAAUUGUUCUUCAACCUACAAACCCAACCGCAGUAUCUCGCGCGCCUGUUUCACAGCAUUCGAGAAAAGGGCACGGCCGAGAAGGAUUGCAAGCGCAUUGAGCUGCUCAUCAUGAGCCUCUUCGGCUACGCCCAGAAACGCCGCGAGGAAUACUACCUUCUCAAGCUACUGGCACGAUCCAUUCGCGAGGAAGUCGAAGGUUGUCGCUCCAUCCAGGAUUACCUGCGCGGCAAUUUCUUCUGGGCCAAGCUUCUGGCCAACUAUACUCGCUCGCCAAGGGAUCGCAAAUUCCUUCGGGACCUACUCGGACCUGUCAUCCGUGACCACAUCAUCGAGGAUCCCGCCUUGGACCUGGAGAGCGACCCAAUGCAGAUUUACCGUUCCGCCAUCAACAACGAGGAGCUUCGCACAGGGAGACCGGACCCCCGCCCACUCGAUGUCCCUCGCGAAGUUGCCAUUCGGGACCCAGAAACCCGUCGUCUCUUCAUCGAUCACUUGCGAGAUCUUCGCGAGGUGAGCGAUCAGUACUUCCUUGCUCUCGAGGAUCUCUUGCACAAGAUGCCGUAUGGUCUCCGGUUCCUGGGCAGCCAAAUGUUCGCCGCACUCUGCCAGAAGUUCAAGAAGGAAUCUCAAGAUGCGCUGCUGCAUGCCGUGUCAAACUGGAUAUGGAGAUUCUACCUGCAGCCUGCCCUGGUCUCGCCCGAGGAAGUUGGCGUGGUAGAGAAGGGCCUGAGCCCGCUGCAGAAACGCAACUUGAGCGAGGUCAGCAAAGUCAUCGGACAGAUCGCUUCCGGUCGCGUCUUUGGCGGCGACAACAUCUACCUUCAACCACUCAACAACUUUGUUUCUGAAUCUAUUGAGCGCCUAACCAACAUAACCCAUGAUCUGAUCUCAGUGCCGGACGCAGAGAGCACCUUUGACAUUGACGAGUUCAACGAUCUAUACGCCAAGAACAAACCGACCCUCUACAUCAAGAUGACCGAUGUGUUUGCUAUUCACAACCUGAUGGCGGCGGAGAUCAACCAGCUCUGCCCUAGCCGAGAUGACAUUCUGCGCGAGAUUUUGCACGACCUCGGUAGCGCAAAGAGCAAUGAGAGCGAGAUGGCUGCCGCUGGGUCAUCGGAAAUACACAUGUUCCUCACACCGAAGCUUCACGACGUUAACGACCCCGAGGCAGAGGUGAAAUCGCUCUUUAUGGAGACCAAGCGAUGUGUCCUGUAUAUCAUUCGGGUGCAAACGGGCGCUAAUCUCCUGGAGAUCCUGGUCAAGCCAAUUUCUGACGAGGAUGAGGAAAAGUGGCAGACAUUACUCCACACCGACUUUGUCGGCAUCGCAAAGACAAAGGGCGCGUACUCUGACGCGAAUAUGGUGGAUGUUACGCGCAUGUCCUACUAUGAGCUCAAACGUACGGCGUUGGAGAACGUCAUGCGAUUGGAGCAUAUGGGCAUGAUCUCCAAAAAGAACUUCUACCAGGAUGUGCUCAACGCAAUCGCGGUGGACAUCCGUUCCAAGAGCCGGCGAAGGGUGCAGAGGCAGCGCGAGCUGGAAGGCGUCCGCAUGACACUUGGCAACUUGCACGAGAAGGCCAAGUAUUUGGAGCAGCAGCGCAAGAGUUAUGACGAUUACAUCGAGUCAGCUAUGGCGACGCUGCAAAACAAGAGAGGUCGACGCCGUUUUUUGCUCCCCUUCACGAAGCAGUACAACCACCAGCGCGAGCUAGAGCGCAGCGGCCGUGUCCCAAAAUUCGGCAGCUACAAGUACAGUGCCCGUGCGCUCUCCGAGAAGGGCGUCCUCGUCUCGUGGGCCGGCGCGGGUGAUUUGGACAAGACGAACAUGACCAUCUCCUGCGACGAGGUGGGCGUCUUCAAUCUCGAGGGGUCCAAGGGGCAUAUCCAGAUGCCCGGCGCAAGUGCCCUUGUGCCCAUCGAGGACCUCCUGCAGGCACAGUUCGAGGCACAUCAGUUUAUGAAUCUCUUCGAGGGCAACCUGAAGCUCAACGUCAACCUGCUGCUCCAUCUUCUGUACAAGAAGUUCUACCGGACGCAGUAA